AUGACAAAUAAAAUAACUUCAUGUGACAGUAGAGAUGAUGGAACUAGUGUUAUAUCUAGUACAUCUGGUAAAGGUCAAUUGAUAAUUUGUGAUUAUAAAAUCACAAGUUGUCAUUAUAAUCCAUAUGUAGAAACUUCUCUAUUAACAGCGGGUGUGGAUGGCACUAUUAAAUGGUGGGAUACGCGUAAAUUAAAAGGAAUUCUUAAUAAUUUACCAUACCCAUUACAUACUUUUAAAAAACAUAUUGGUGGAGUAAAUAAAGUAAGCUGGUCGCCUCAUAUUAAAUCAAUAUUUGCAAGUUGUUCAGAUGAUAAUACAGUUAUUAUAUGGAAUUCAGAAAAUAUUGAUAAAGAAGAACUUGGGAUGUGUUUUACACAUAAAGGACAUCGAACCAUUGCAUCAGUAUCUUCUAGUUCAGAAGUUAAUGUAGGACUAUUGCAAGUGUGGAGUCCAUAUCUCCCACUUCUUUAG